GUGUGUUUGCAACAUAUUUUUAGAUUUAAGGGAGCAAUUGUAAAAUUAUAAAUUCAGCAAACACAUUCCCAAUAAACAAGAAGUUCAAGGGAUAAUGGUGCAAAAAUUCCAACUUAAUUAAAAACGUCGCCGGGCGGCUCCCAGACUCUAUCUCGAAGAUUUCACAAUUCACAGAGCACAGGAACAAGCGACCAUGGAGGAGCUCCAGUGAGUGAGAGGGAGUGAGUACUACUGGGCAGCCUGCUCAAACUCGCUCAUCUUCGUUUCAUAGAGGAAAUGUAGCGCCUUUCUACACAAUCAGAAAACCUCCAUUUCCAUGGCUUGCCAGUGCCGUUUCGGCUCUUCUUCUUCCUCCUCAUUCCUACCCUCAUCCCCAUUCCCAAACUCCACACCCAAAACCUCUCGCCGCUCAACCAAACCCCACAUUCGCCCCUCGAUCAUCACCUCCCAAUUCCCGACUCCGAACGCCGGUCGCGACGGCGCCGAAGAUGACCAAACAAGGAGAAAAUCCCAAUUCGAUUUCCUCAAGCUCUCCGUGACGCUGACAGUAAUCUCCGCCUCUCUUCCCCAACCCAAAGCCGCCCUCGCCGCCGUCAAGGAGCGGAAGCGCGGCGCCAAGAAGACGGCGGCCAAAAAAGCCGAAGCCUUGUCGCCUCAGGAGCUCAAAUCCUGGUCCCAGGGACUCCCUCUCGUCUCGAACCGUGUACCGUACACAGAUGUGUUGGAAUUGAAAGAGGAAGGUAAGCUUAAGCAUGUGAUUAAGCCUCCCGGUGUCGAUUUGAGACAGCGAGCGGAACCUGUGUUGGUUGUUCUGGAAGAUUCUAGAGUCUUGCGAGCGAUGCUGCCGUCGAUGGAGAGCGAUAAGAGGUUUUGGGAGGAUUGGGAGAGAUUGAGCAUCGAUUCGGUAUGUAUCAACGCUUAUACGCCUCCGAUGAAGAAGCCGGAGUUGCCACCACCUUACCUAGGGUUUUUGAGGCGAUUGCCGGAGUUCAUGUUGUCGUUCACUAAGCCGAAGAAGGAGUCGAAGAAGGCAGCGGAGCUGAGGCGGGCGAGGGAGGAGUUCAAGAGGCAUAGGAAGGAGGAGCUGGAGAGAAUGAGGAAUGAGCGGGAGAUUAUCGACAAGGCCAUGAAAGUUCAGAAGAAAGAGGAGGAGAGGAGAUUGAGGCGGGAGGCGAGGAAGAAGAAGUACGAUGAGUCGUUGCGCGAGGCGCGCGACAAUGAGCGGGACAUGGCCAAUUUCUGGGCGAACUUGGCGCAGGAUCAGAACGUGGCGACGGCGCUAGGGCUUUUGUUCUUUUACCUUUUCUACAGAACGGUGGUGCUGAACUACAGGAAGCAGAAGAAGGAUUACGAGGACAGGUUGAAGAUUGAGAAGGCGGAAGCAGAGGAGAGGAAGAAGAUGAGGGAGUUAGAGAGAGAAAUGGAGGGGCUUCAGGGUGAGGACGGUGAUGAGCUUGAGCAAGGGAAAGGCGGCGAGGACAAUCCUUACAUGAAGAUGGCAGCGCAGUUCAUGAAGUCCGGCGCUCGUGUACGGCGAGCUCAGAAUCGGAGACUACCCCAAUACUUGGAGAGGGGCGUGGAUGUCAAAUUUGAGGAUGUUGCAGGGCUCGGGAAAAUCCGGCUCGAGCUCGAGGAAAUCGUCAAGUUUUUCACUCAUGGCGAGAUGUAUCGCCGGAGGGGUGUUAGAAUUCCUGGUGGUAUCCUACUUUGUGGUCCUCCUGGAGUGGGCAAGACUUUGCUUGCGAAAGCUGUGGCUGGUGAGGCAGGGGUCAACUUUUUCUCCAUCUCUGCCUCUCAGUUUGUCGAAAUAUAUGUUGGUGUUGGUGCUUCACGUGUACGAGCACUUUACCAAGAAGCAAAGGAAAAUGCUCCGUCGGUUGUGUUCAUCGAUGAGUUGGAUGCCGUUGGGAGAGAGCGUGGUUUGAUCAAGGGUUCUGGUGGACAAGAACGUGAUGCUACUCUUAAUCAGCUUCUUGUAUCCUUGGAUGGGUUUGAAGGAAGAGGGGAAGUGAUCACUAUUGCUUCCACAAACAGACCAGAUAUUCUAGAUCCAGCACUUGUAAGACCUGGAAGGUUUGAUCGGAAAAUAUUUAUCCCUAAGCCUGGCCUUAUAGGUCGCAUUGAAAUUUUGAAGGUCCAUGCUCGUAAGAAGCCCAUGGCUGAGGAUGUGGACUAUAUGGCUGUUGCUAGCAUGACUGAUGGAAUGGUUGGUGCAGAGCUCGCCAACAUUGUUGAGGUUGCUGCUAUCAACAUGAUUCGUGAUGGGAGGACUGAGAUCACUACUGACGAUCUAUUGCAAGCUGCUCAAAUGGAAGAAAGGGGAAUGCUAGACAGAAAAGAGAGGAGUUUUGAGACUUGGAAGAAAGUAGCUAUUAAUGAAGCAGCAAUGGCUGUUGUAGCUGCGAACUUCCCUGAUCUUAAAAAUAUUGAGUUUGUCACUAUUGCUCCUAGAGCUGGCAGGGAAUUAGGUUAUGUUCGGAUGAAAAUGGAUCCAAUCAAAUUCAAUGAAGGAAUGCUUACUCGACAAUCCCUCCUGGAUCACAUCACCGUUCAGCUAGCACCACGUGCAGCUGAUGAAAUUUGGUUUGGUGAGGAUCAGUUGAGUACAAUAUGGGCUGAAACGGCAGACAAUGCACGAUCAGCUGCACGGACUUUUGUUCUUGGUGGCCUCUCUGACAAGUAUCAUGGAUUGUCCAACUUUUGGGCCGCUGACCGAAUCAAUUACCUUGAUUCAGAGGCAUUGCGGAUUGUUAACAUGUGUUAUGAACGUGCCAAGGAGAUCCUGCACCAAAACCGGAAGCUCAUGGAUGCGGUGGUUGAUGAACUUGUCGAAAAGAAAAGUUUGUCUAAGCAAGAUUUCUUGCGCCGAGUAGAGUUGCAUGGUUGCUUCCAACCUAUGCCACCUAGUGUACUUGAUCUCCGGGUAGAAAAACGUAAACAGUUCCAAGAUCUGAUGAUGAACCAAAAUAAAAUAGCUUCAGGAAGCAAUAUAUGAGCAAAUGCUUGUAUUUUAAGGCUCUUGGUCCAUUGGCAGCUUGGGUUCGUUGGGCAUUUUGGCGGGGUCCUGUCUUUUUAUUUUGCAGCCUAGGCGGCUUGGAAAACGACAUGAAUUUGAAUCACAGUUUUGAAUUUUGACACCGUUUCAUUCUUUAUCCUUUAAUUAACAUAGUUUUCUGAACCGAGUCUUAUACUCGUGUGAUGUAUAUUGUUCACUUUUUAUACAAAAAGAUGAAAGGAUUAUGUA